ACUGAAACCCUGGUCGACGGCACAACUUCCCAAGUUAGCAAUUUAGGCAAGGGAAACAAUCCCCAAAAGUUCCUAAAGUGAGGAAGGGGGUAAUUAUUCAAACGCAUUUAAAUAAACAAACAUUCGUAAAAAUAAAUGCAUGUCAAUGCAAAUCUGACUGACUCUUCAUAAAUCUCAAUAGUGCACGCUUGUAACGAGUGAUCAAUGGACUUCCCACAGCUACCCCCUCACACCGGGUCAGUGUUGUCUGUAGUGGACAUGCACACAGGCGGCGAGCCCUUGCGCGUUAUCGUCAGCGGGUAUCCGGAAGUUAAAGGGGACACUAUUCUCGCCAAACGUCGCUAUGUUCGAGAGCACCUCGAUCACCUCCGCAAAGUGUUAAUGUUUGAGCCACGUGGUCACUAUGAUAUGUACGGAGCGCUGUUGGUCAGCAGUGAGUUGCCUGAAGCCGACCUCGGGGUCUUGUUCAUGCACAAUGAAGGCUACAGCACUAUGUGCGGUCACGCUGUCAUUGCGCUCGGGCGCUUCGCUGUGGAUUAUGGCUUGAUCAAAGCGCCCACUUCACCAGAGACUCAGAUCAACAUACACUGUCCCUGCGGUUUAGUCAAAGCUUUCACUCAGUAUGCAGAUGGCCAAACUGGGGCUGUCAGAUUCCACAGUGUACCUGCCUUUGCGUUUGCUACAGAUGUCAGUGUCUCUGUACCUGGAUAUGGGAACAUCACUGUGGAUAUAAGUUAUGGCGGAGCUCUUUAUGCUUUUGUGAGUGCUGACAAGUUCAGAUUGGAUGUGAACAAAUCCAAAACCAGAGAUUUGGUGGAUGCUGCAACUGCGGUGACACAAGCUGUGAAAUCCCAGGUAAAGCUGUCCCACCCAGUGAGUGAAGAUUUGGCAUUCCUCUAUGGUACAAUCCUUACUGAUGACAAAGAUGUUUAUUCUGAAGAACCCACUGCCAAUGUGUGUGUGUUUGCUGAUGCACAGGUUGAUAGAAGUCCAACCGGGUCAGGCGUUACCGCUCGCGUAGCUCUUCAGUACCAUAAAGGCUUGAUCGGACUGAACCAGACCAGAAGCUUCCAGAGCGGAGCUACAGGAUCAGUAUUUACAGGAAAAGCAAUAGAGAAGACCACAUGUGGGGAUUACAGGGCUGUGGUAGUGGAGGUCGCAGGUCAAGCUCACUACAGCGGUGUAGCCAGCUUCACCCAAGAGAGCGAUGACACCCUCAGUGGAGGUUUUCUGCUGCGCUAAAUCAGUUCCAGGUUACAGCGCAGAUUUCGGCAUGAUCGCAGAUACAGCGCAGGACCAUCAUCCCAAGGAGUAAAUUCAAGGGUCUACAGUUAAACACUAAUUAUAUAACAAUCUAAUAAUUGCAAUAAAAACUUCAGCUAUAGUUAUGUAUAGAAAUCUAAAUUUCAGCUACAUAUUGAUCGUUUGCAAUAAAUAGUUUUAAGCAAAUCGAAAUGCAAUAUUCUGUGGACUGUGUUAUUGUGUCAAUAAUACAUUUUGACUUGAUUGAUUUUACAAUGCAAGCACAAUAUUUUAAUAUGUACUAUGUGCGUUUUAUAAACUUGACCUAAAAUGUAACACUUUUAUACAGUAUUUCACGGGGGUCAUAUCAAGCUUAUUUGGUCUAAAUAGAGUCUAAGACCUCUGGUUUCAUGAAUUAUAAAUCAAGAAAUAUGUGGUGUGAAUUUGUAAAUAAUCUACUGAUAAUUUAAAGGGAUAGUUCUCCCAGAAAUGGAAAUUCUGUUAUCAUUCACUGUUUUGCUUGCUUUCUUCUGCAGAACACAAAACAAGAUAUUUUGAAGAACGUUGAUAACCAAACAACACUGUACCCCAUUGACUUUUAUUGUAUGUGCACAAAACCGCUGAGAUAUUUCUCAUUAUUUCUUUUAUGUUCCACAGAAGUCAGUCAUGUGACGAUUUUAAAUAACAUGAAAGUGAAUAAAUGACGACGGAAUAUUUA